CCGCACUGUACACGCGGCUGGCGGGCUCCGUGGCCCCCACGCGCUUCUCGCUCCGCGCUCCCCGUGGCGGCGGCGGCGGCGGCGGCGGCGCGAGUCGGGGCCCAGAGCGGGGCGGGUCGGGGCCCAGAGCGGGGCGGGUCGGGGUUUCUCGCCGGCCCCUCCGGCCCGUGACUCCUCCUCCUGCCGCUGAGGGGAACGCAGCUCGGCUCCGCCGGAGUCCGGGCGGCAGCGACUGAAAUCAGUCCCGGAGCUGCCUCGGGUCGGUUCGAGCCAGAACCCAGCUCGGUCCUGCCCAGUGCUGCUGUUGUUGCCGGAACUGCUGCUGUAGCUGCUGUUGGUGCUGCUGUUGGUGCUGGGUGGAGGUGGUGGGGAGACUCCGAUGGCCGACCGCGAGAGAAAUAAAAAGUCCCUGCACGAGCUGCUCCGGAGGCCGGGGAACGAGUGCUGCGCCGACUGCGGUUUGCCAGAUCCUGAUUGGGCGUCAUACACACUCGGGGUGUUCAUCUGCCUGCACUGCUCCGGGAUUCACCGCAACAUGACGGAGGUCAGCCGCGUCAAGUCCCUCCGCCUCGACUUCUGGGAGGAUGAGCAAGUGGAGUUCAUGGCAAACAAGGGGAAUGUCGCGGCAAAGGAGUUGUACGAGCAGCGGAUCCCUCCCUUUUACUACCGCCCCACAGCCGACGACUGCCAGGUCCUCAAGGAGCAGUGGAUCCGUGCCAGAUAUGAGCGCCGCGAAUUCAUCGACGUCGAGAAGCAGGAGCCCUACUCCACAGGUUACCGGGAGGGGUACCUGUGGAAGCGCGGACGGGACAGCAGCCAGUUCCUGCGUCGCAAGUUCAUCCUGUCGGAGCGCGAGGGGGUGCUCAAGUACUUCACCAAGAGCGACGCGAAGGAGCCCAAGGGCGAGUUGAAAAUCGCCGAGAUCAAUGCAACGUUCCAGCCGGACAAGAUCGGCAACCCCAACGGCCUGCAGGUCACCUACCUGAAGGAUGGCAGCACCCGCAGCCUCUUCGUCUACCACGAGGAGGGCAAGGUGAUCGUGGACUGGUUCAAUGCGAUCCGCGCCGUACGGUACCACUACCUGAAGGUGGCCUACCCAGGCACGGUCGACAAGGAGAUAACGCCACGGCUCACCAGGAACUACGUGAAGGAGGGAUACAUGGAGAAGACGGGGCCCAAGCAAAAGGAGAGUUUCCGGCGACGCUGGUUUACGCUGGAUGCCGCCGACCGGCGCCUCAUGUAUUUCAAGGAUCCCCUGGACGCGUUUGCCAAGGGCGAGGUGUUCCUGGGCAAUGGCGACCACGGCUAUGCGGUGCUGGAGGGCUUCCCGCCGGGCCUCCAGGGCCAUCACUGGGCGUACGGCAUCACCAUCGUCACGCCCGAGCGCAAGUACGUGCUGGGCUGCCGCACCGAGGAUGAGCAGGCACAGUGGAUCACGCACUUCCACCGCGUCAUCAUGCGCCCCAUGUCGCCACAGGAGUACUCGGCCGAGGCACACUUUAAGCGCAAGCACUGAGGAUUGCAAAAGACAAUCGGCCAUGCCUGCUCACUCAUGUCUGCCCGGCCAGCCUUAACUGCAACGCUGAACUUUCCACUCUUCCCAUAACCUUUGGUGGAUCCUACCAACCCUGUCAUCGAUCAUAGAGCGGUGCCUUCCACGCAAUCCCGGUCAUGGCCCUGGACUAAUAACCCAGCCUCCACCCCUACCCCACUUCCUAACCUCCAACCAUUCUAAUCAAGAAUCCACCUCCUGAAUGUCGAUUGUGCAUGCUGCUGCCGCUGCUGCUGCCAAGAGCCGAGGGGAGAUUGGACUGGGGCCCGAUCCGACCGUGUACCCGGUUGCGAUGGUCGCCUCUUGUCCGCAUGUGUGCGUGGUGCUGAGAGGGCGACCUCGCACAAGGAAACGGUCUCUGCUCACUCUGUUUGAAAAGAUUUCAACUUAAAACAUAAUCUGGUAUCUCGAUAGAAAUGUCAGUUGAUUGCUUGAUUACUUUUAUGAUUGCCUGUUCAAAUUAGCACGUUUAUUUUAAGCCCAUGAUGAACAGCGCUCUGCUGUGAUAUUAUGGGCUCUGUGAUGACAUUAAUUGGUUGCUUUAUUCAUUGGGUACUGCUGCUGUCCUCGCAUAAACUCAAGCUACUGGAUUGGUAAAUUCCCAAAUGACAUGUUAUUUUUAUAAGAGUUUCUUUACUUGAAAUGAAAUAAGUAAAUCAUACCAAGUAAUCAACUGGUACAUGUUAAGUAGCAGAAAUCUGAUUGCCUAUGAAAGUCAGAGGAAUAGUAUGGGAUUCACUGUACCAAUCUCUUACAGUGGCAGCAUGCUGCCUCUAACACGGUACCCCCAGUGUUGUGCUGAGUGUUUUCUGUGACGCCCAUCGGGCCUGUCAGCCUCUCAGCCUGCCACACUGCCUGUGUCCACCUUUUUCACGCAAAGAGUGCCUUCCUGCCAAUUUUCAAAAUAUAGCCUGAACUCAUGAGUGAAAUCCAGAACAACUCAUAACCUCUGAGGAAUUCUGUGCCAAAGUAGACCCGCCGCACGGGCCUGAGUGGUGGCCAGGUAAACUCAUUGAUUGAGCACGUGGCCUGUUUUUGAGGCCUUUGGCUCGUGGACAUGGUGGGCAUUAGGUUUGUAGCAACGCAUAGAUUACAUCAAUUGUUAUCGAAUGACGUACAUACAAAUACAUUCAUAUCCACGCAAACGUAGGCCAAUGAAACACAAUAUUGUUACAUUUUAGGUUAAUGGGGAGUGAACAACGCCGUAUAAAUGAGACGGCAAAAAAAAAAUCCCAAUAGAAAUUGUGACCCCCCUCCAAACAUGAAUCGCUACAUGCACUUAGCAGUCCGGUGGACGAUGAGAUACAAAAUUAUCUGAUGGGCGAAGGUUGUGAAGCACCAUUGCCCGAAUGUCCAACCACUAAAGUCUGUGGAUUUGAAUCCAAAAGUUUGCAGUCGGCUUCAAAUGAGUUUGAGCUUGCUUCAGAAAAUGCACUGUAGGAUUUUUAUAUUUUCUGCCUCGGCCCUUAAACUAAGUUCCUAUUUUAAACACAAAUUAGCUAGUACUGUGCCAGUACGCUGUAUACUGAAUGCAAGUAAAGGGAAAUAUGUACAAUUUACUCUAAACUGUAGUUAUAAAAUUAUUUUUUUUAUAUAUACUGUGGUAUAACUGUUACUCAUGUUGAAGUUUACAUUAUUUGAGCAGGAUUUUGUGUAAAUGUUCCCAUGUACAAUAACAUUCCUGUGUGUUAAUUGAUCGCAAUGAAUAGUUUUUUCAAAACGUGUUUUAUAUUUUAUAUUUAUUUGUAUUUCUUUCAGCGUGGCCACGUUUCCGUGGAAACCGCAAGAGCCUCAUAGGCUAGCGGAUUAAGCAAGUUCUCUGACAAUUAAAAAAAAAUCACGCAAAAAAGUUCCUUAAGCGCUUAAUGGGACCUGUGGUGGGAGGACUCUUGUGAUUGCCAUCAGGCUAAUCCAGCAGGGUGGAGCCCUGUGCUACUGGGUGCGUCGUCUUCAUUUGACUGCCAUUUUUGUGGCCCGACACUUGCCGUUUACCUUGUGCGGUUCUGGCCGUCUCGGUUAGACCAGGAACAAUCUCACAACAGCGGGACGCACCGUGGAUGGACACAGGACAAAGACACGAAUGGCCAUUUUAAAUCUUCAUUGCAAAGAUCGACAGCAGCUCACUGGCGGUGACUGGGUGGCCGAGUUCUCUGCGCGUUGUUUUGGCUUAUUGCAGAUGAGUGUGAAGAAUGCUAGAAAUUGGACAAGUAACUUGAAAGUUCAAAGCACAACAUGGCAAGAAAGUUAACUUAAAAUGCAAUUAUUCAUAUUUGCUUUCGGUUAGGCCACAUGGUAGUUUUAUGUCAAAAUGCUUGUUGUUUACCAUCCACCACCCAACAGGAUUGUCACGUUUACAAAGGUAUUAUGUAUACAUGCCAAAAUGUUAUCAAAUUCUGAUGAAUAAAUCCCCUCAGUGAUGGCUUGAGAUUUCAUGUUUGAAAUUAACAUCAACACUGAAACUAUACUUUCAUGUUAAUCUCAGUCAUGACGAGUCUCAAGCCACUGGUGGAGGAACUUUAUUGGUCACAGUUUAAUCAAUACAUUGGCACAACAAUUCUAACUUUGUAAAAAUGUAAUUCUUGUCAGGUGGUGGAGGGUUAAUAACAAGAACUUUGGCAUGAAACUAUUACGUGGCCAAACCUGAAAUGCAUCUUGGCAAGAAAGUAUUGCGGAUGUAAUCAGGAAGGGGAAUGUUAUUAUGGGCGGGACAUCGUGUGCAGGGUGGAGGAGGGCAAGUCACCGAAGUGGGCAGUGGAGUGGCCUCCAGAGGUCGGAGAGCCAAAGAAAUACCUGAAGUCAGUCCAGUGUUGAUGGGAACGUAAGAGUAGCCUUUGGAGGACAAAUGUUGACGGAGCAAUUUGGGGGAUGGGACGUCAGCUGUCAUGACCUCUCACUUUAAAAUCUUCCCCAGCCACUCCAGGGAGCUGCCCCUGAAAGAAGGGGCAGGCGGGGACACAAAGGGGACACUGCCGUUUGUUAGAGGAGUAUGGGCCUCCUGCAGAUGCCCGUUCCAAACGCCGCUGAGCUGCAACUGAAAUUAUAAAAGCAUAGUAACUGUCCCUGCAGGUGAACAGUUUCCCACAUUUCCUUUGUAAGUGAGACGCUCUCUGUGGCCUCUCACGUGCUUAAACAAAUAUGCGUUGUGGGUCACGCAUUGGAUUGCCAAGCCAUUUCCUUAUUUGAGUCCACGCUCACGUUUUUAGUAAGCCUGAUGUCUUUUUUUUAUCGAAUAUUUUUUUAAGCGGUUGUAAAUAGAACUUCUAACACGUGGGCUUUCGCGACCAAUAUAAUCCAUAAUACAGGUUUUUAUUUGGGUUAGAUUGCAUAAAUAUACGUGUCAUUAAACUCGCCACCACUCGACACAGCCAAUUAGUAAGGUUUGUCACGUGAUGAAGCUAGUUGUAAUUACUGGCGAAACGAAGUACUCGGAUUGUAAAUAUUGUGGAUUUGCUCUCCAACACAUCGGUGUGCUGCACUAGUAACGAAUUAGCAUGUUUUGUUUACGUGACAAACCGUACUAAUUGGCUGUGUCGGGUGGUGGGUUUUAACAUAACACAUUUAUAUACUUAUGUGAUCUCACCCAAAAAAAAACCUGUAUUAUAGAAGCUUUUCUGUCCAGCACCUCAGGUGUAAUAAGCACCCGCACACACACACAUUGGUAGAAUGUCGGUGUUUGAUUGGGACAGAAUCUGUUUGUCACACGCCCGGAGGGAGGUGGCCUCUUUACUCUAUUUUGUGUUUCAAGGUGUGGGGGGUGAAAGCCAUCUUUGUGACGCAAUCGUUAACGUGCAUCGGUAUAAGUGUUGUUUUCAUUCUCGGUGCCAGCUUUGCAGUUGCAAACGUUUGAAAUUACGAUUUUGUAGCUGUUGUCGUUGUGAAUGCAUAAUUGCAGGAUUUUUUGGGAAAUGUUCUUUGUACCUAUUGCAUUUUAACUGAUGUCACUUUUUAAAAAAAUAUUCAGGAUCGUGAUAAUGAAAUGAAUAAGCCUCGGUGACUGCAUAUAUUUUUGAAGAUUCAAGUCUAUUUUGCAUUAUCUUUUUAAGUUCGACAAACCUUUUAUUUAAUUUUAUAUGGCUUAAAGCCACUCCGUGAACUUAUGCCUCACCGAACUACAUAAUUUUCAUUUGGUAAAUUGUAUAAUCUGUUUAUAACAUUGUAAUGUUGAAUUGAUAAACUGCAUGAGACUGCAUAGUCUACAAUGGAGCAUUGAAAUGUUCUAUUGGUACACUAUAAGCGUUGUGCAAAGACUGACUGAAGUGAAACCAUAUUGACUGCUGUAUAAAUUAAAGUAGGAUAUAGCGCACAAAAAACCCCUUAAAACACGUGGAAUUAUUCUGCCUUUCACAGGGCAUCUUUCAGUGUUGUGCAUUUAUAUGUAAUUAGAUUUCACAUCUUGGAGAGUCGCAAUGAUGGGAGUAGCGGAAUGUUCCGGUCAUGCAAAUUAGUGUCGCUGUCGAUGCAAGGUGUGCAGAGCUCGGAUUCCUAACCGGCCAGUGCCAGCACGUCGUGUUCCUCCACGGCGUAGGGCAUCGCGAGUGGCGUGAGCCUCCUGUUUUGGGCUGUGGUGACAAAUUCCAUCCAGGAAUUUUCAAUUCAAGGCAACUCGCAAACCCUUCGGGCAACCAUUGGGCUGCAGCCUCAUCAGCAUUGCGCGUUAUACUUAUAGCCACGCUCGAACGUGCGCGAAGCUGAAGAAGCAAAUUCGUCAAUUUAGCAAUUGAGAGGAGCUGGCUGGCUCUGGUGCCCAUCAACCUACUCAGAUGCGUGCAGGUGGUUUGGAUAAUUGAACUACCAGGCAGCAUAUAAUACAAGCUGUGAGGCACUGCAAUGAGAGCACUUGCCUUGCAAUCUGAAGGUUUAAAUCCUGGUUAUGGAUCCGCUCAGCCCAUCGUCAUCUUCGAGGUCAAUAGGUACUAUGUUGGUAUAUUCCAUGGUAGUGCGUUUCUGACACUAGUUCAGAGCUGCCAAUACAGGGAGAGAUUUCUCGGGCAUGUGACAAGGUCUCCUGGGAAAGUGCGAUUGUAAUGCUGUCAUCCGGGGAAAGAAUUGUCUGAUGAAGUCACUACUCCAUUGAAAAACACCUGUGUGUAUGUGUGCGCGCGUUACCUGAAAGAGGAAACAUUUUCCCCAAACCACAAGCUACCAGAGCAUUGUUGUUGUCGAGCCGAGUCAUACUGAUACAAUAAUCUACAUGAGUAGGUUUGGGUUAUUCGGUGGUCAGGAUUGGCGUUCUGACUGAACCAGAGAUCACAUUUGGCAGGCCUUUGUUUUUAAUGUUUCAUAAAAAAAAUCAAGAGCGUGCAUAUUGAUACAUUGUCAAAAUACAAAUGCACGCAUCGUGAGUCGCUGUUCCCCCUCUUCAUACAGCUACAGUUCCCGUGUCCAUUUCAGGCAAUGGCGCUGUCGAUAUGUGAGCCAGGCCGUACCCGCAUUAGCCUUAACGUGUUGCUCCCCCUAUGUAAAAGGAAACCCAAAAUGUCACCCCACCAAAAACCGUGCCGUCCGCAACCUGCCAGACCACAGUUAGGGGGGGGGGGGGUGAUCUAAUUAAUGCAUGGUGAGUGUAUUUUGUAUCGCUCUUCGGAUUUAUUGUAAAAAGGUAAAGUUAUAUGUAACAAAAAGCAAUGGGUAGAGAUAGAGAAUGUGUGUGGUUCAUUGGAAUUUUACCUGACUUUAUUUAUUAAUCUUAACUUUUAUGGAAAGCAAGCCUUGACGUGAAUGUUAAAUGUACAUUUAAAAACUCUUGUCUUAAAUACAGUGGUGUUUGGCAACUGUGUUUUUGUUUCAGAAUGCAUACAUGUGUGGUUGCUUGAAUAGAACCGUUUAAAAGGCAGCAUCACAAUCUGGAUGUAUUAUUGAACAAUAUUUAUCCAUCACCCUUAUAACUUGAGAACAAGGAAGGGGCCUUACACCAAAUCACCUAAAAUCCUCUUAAUACAAAAUGCAAAUGUGUGUUUUGAUGGUGAUGUUACCUGACCUGGAGAGCGAGUGAAGCUCUGGAUUGAUUGGUCGGUUGUGAUCGCUCGCUACAGACAUCUAUUGGUGAACCUGCAUUGCAAUAUACAUUUAUUGUAUCAUAAA